CAAAAAGUGACAUAACUUUCACAACAUGAACAUAACCUAGAAAACCAACACAAAACACAAAAAUGCGUCUAAUAAACUUAUUUAAAUCGUUAACACUUACCUCUCAAGUGAAAAUCAUACGUUUAAGUUCUGAUUACGCGCCAAAAGCUCUUCGCAGCUUGAAGGCAAAGUCUACGCGGAAUACGGUGCAAUAUUACGUUGAUUCCUACCGGGUUCGUGCUGUCGGUGGCUCUGGUGGAGAUGGUUGCAUAUCCUUCCUCAGUGCGUGGUGUAAGGACCACGCCGGGCCUGACGGAGGCGAUGGCGGGAACGGCGGACAUGUUAUAUUUCAGGCUACGUACUCCUGCAAGAGCCUGAACCACUGCAAGUCGGUGGUGCAGGCUGCUCACGGAGAGAAGGGUUACAAUAAGGACUGCUGCGGCAAAAACGCUCAGCACGUAGUCGUGCCUGUGCCUCUAGGUACUAUAAUCCGCGACGCUUCCGGCCGCGUAGUGGGUGACUUGAACUCGGAAGGCGUGAUGUUCGUGGCGGCGCGCGGUGGCUCGGGCGGCAGGGGGAACAAGUUCUUCCUCACUGACACUGAACAGGCUCCUAGUGUAGCGGAAUUAGGUGCAGUCGGUGAAACUAACGUGUAUACUUUGGAAGUUCGCUCCAUGGCGCAUAUAGGACUCAUCGGCUUUCCUAACGCUGGUAAGAGCACGUUACUCCGAGCGCUGACUCGCGCGCGGCCUACCGUGGCGCCCUACCCCUUCACCACGCUACGCCCACAUAUCGGCAUGGUGCCGUACGAUGAUUAUGAACAAGUAGCCAUAGCGGAUCUACCGGGUUUGAUUCCCGGCUCGCACAAGAACUACGGUCUAGGCAUCCAAUUCCUUCAACAUGCGGAACGUUGCAGGGGCCUUAUCUACCUACUUGACGCUACAAAUGACCCCGUCACUCAGUAUAACACUCUAUCCUACGAGUUACAACAGUAUAAUGCUAAUUUCACCAACAGAAAGGCUUGUGUUGUCAUAAACAAAAUAGAUUUAGAUGAAGGGAGAAGGGUUUAUGAUGAAAUUAAGACAUCUAUGGAUGUUAUAGGUAUAUCGGCAAAGACGGGACUCAAUUUGAGCGAGCUCUUGAGGGUAGUCAGGGAAAUGUAUGAUGGGGAAGAGAGAUGAAAAGUUAGGUUAUUUAUCCAAACUAAUAUUAUAAAUGCGAUGUCUGUUACGCUUUCACGUCUAAACCACUGAACGGAUUUAAAUAAAAUUUGGUACAGAGAUAAGAUAAGAACAUAUUCUUUCUCAAGGUCAGUUCUAUCUCAAAAAUCUCAAAAAUUCGGAAUUUUGAAGAAUUCUCUUGGAAACACGAUAUAACCGAACUCUACGCGGGCGAAAGCACAGAUUCUCGAAAGCUAGUAGUGAAAUAUUUUUGUUACCAAAAAGUUUUUAUGUGUUUUUGUCGUCUAUAGUCCAUUUGUAAGCGUUUAACCUUAGGAAAACAAACUUGGUGAGGACUUUUUAUGAAAAACGUAAUUAUAAAAAAAAAACGGCGAAGUGCGAGUUGGACUCGCGCACGAAGGGAAAUCACGUUUGUUGUUUGGGAGCCCUCCAAAAUACAAGCUGUUGAUUUGCAUCCGUGCCAUAUUCAA